CCGUCGGGAGCUCAGGCGGUUAGCUCGAGGCGUGACGAGAGGAAGGCUUGGUGGAGAGGCGACCUAAGUGUUCCGGCGAGGGCGUGUGCGUGAGUGUGUCCUGGAAGGCGUGUGUGUGGCAGUCAUGCAGACCACGCUACUACUGCUGGUGUUGGUGGUGUGCGGUCACGGGUCGGGGUUGGCACUAUCCCCGUCCCUGGUGCUGGAGGGGAGUAAGAGCUCGUACCCCGCCCCCGCCACCCUCUACUCCCCCCACACCCACGGGUUCUUCUUCAACACCAAGACCAUUCACGACUAUGGACUCUUCGACGGACGCCUCACCUCCACCGCUACCCCCACUGACGCCUUCACUGCCCUCAACGAGAUCACUGUCAACCCCGCCAUUCUCCUAGGCGAGAUCCCCACGGCGCCUGACUAUCAUGGGCGUGUUGGGCAGAGACAGAGGGACCCAGCGUCGCCUUCUGCAGGACCCCAAGGGAAUUUCAUCGAAGGCAGCGACCCCAACGUGUCUCCAUACUGGGAGGACCCCGAAGGCCGCUCCCCCAGCCGCGUGCCCUCCGUGGUGCCCGAGGACCUGGCCCCCAACACCCAGACAUGCAGAGACCUCCCCGUCCCGUGCAACACCUCCGCCAAGUACCGCACCAUCACCGGCCGCUGUAAUAACCUCCAGCGCCCACAGCACGGCACCUCCGGCCAGCCCAUGAGCCGUGUGCUGCCCCCGGUCUUUGACGCGGCGUGGAUGAGGCUACGGUCAAGUGAAGGGGGACUCCUGCCCAAUCCCCGCCAAGUGUCCCUUCACAUGAGAGAGGCGCCCCCCAACGCCCCCACCUCCCACAACCUCCUGGUGAUGCAGAUAGGACAGUUUGUGGACCACGACCUCAGUGUUGUGCCCACGCUGAAAGGCCCCACCCAGGCGCCGGCCCGUCGCUGCGAGGAGUGCAAAUCGUGGCGGGACCUGCACUGCGCGCCGCUGCCCAUCCCGCCCGACGACCCGCACAUCAAGGCGCGCGACUACUACAACAAGCGCCUUUGCCUCCCCUUCGUCAGGAGCGAGGCAGUCAGCGGGCGGGACUCCCUAGGGCGGCCCUCCAUAGAGCAGUUGUCCCUCAACACCGCCUUCCUCGACCUCUCCACGGUGUACGGGAGCGACCACUGCCGGGAGAGGAACCUGCGCCUCUACUCCUUCGGGAUGCUGGCGGAGCUGCGUCAGGAGGCGAACGACGGCGGCUUCCCCAUCUUGCGGGACGCCGUGGACUUUGAGGAGUGCAGGGCGGAGGGCGACAAGUGCUUCUUCGUGGGGGAUGAGCGGAGCAACGAGCACCUUGGGCUGAUGGUGAGUCACGUGGUGUUCUUCCGUGAGCACAACCGCCUGGCGCGUGCACUGGGACCCCUCAACCCCCACUGGGACGACGAGAAGGUGUACCAGGAGGCUCGCCGCAUCAACAUCGCAGAGUACCAACACUUCGUCUACAGCCAGUUCUUGCCGGAGCUCCUUGGGCCUAUCAAGAUGGCAGACUAUCGCCUUCAACCAGAAUCAUCGGGCUACUACCAGGGUUACGACAGCACCGCCGACCCGUCCAUCCUCAACGAGUUCUCCACAGCGGCCUUCAGGGUGGGGCACACGAUGGUCCCCGACGAGCUGUUGCUAAUGGACAACCACUUCCUCCCCAUCGCCUCCGUCCCCAUCGUCAACACCUUCCACAAUGCCUCCAUGACCUUGCUGCCCAAGAUGUGUGACCUGGUCUUGCGGGGACUCAUUGGCGCCAGACUCCAGCCGGUGGACCUGAAGGUGGUGGAGACGCUCUCCAAUCAGCUGUUUGAGGGCCCGCAACACGCCGGCCAGGACCUCAUUGCCAGGAACAUCGCCAGAGGACGUGACCACGGGUUGCCGCCCUACGUGCAGUACCGGGAGGCGUGCGGCGGUCCCGUCACCACUUCCUUCGACGACCUGCUCACCGCCAUGCCGCGCCAGGCCGUGCACGCCCUCGCCAGGACCUACGCCAGAGUGGAGGACGUGGACCUCUUCGUCGGGGGCCUCGCGGAGUUCCCCGUGUCGAGGGGGCUGGUGGGGCCAACCUUCGCCUGCCUCAUCGGUUACCAGUUCUUCAACCUGCGACGCGGCGACAGGUUCUGGUACGAGAACGCCGACGCGGGCUUCACUCCGGCGCAGCUGAGGGCUCUCCGCAGCGCCUCGACCCUUAACCGCCUCCUGUGUGACAAUUUCGACGGCACUAACGAGAGGUUGCCCGCCAGCAUCUUCCACCUCCCGUCCCAGCGAGGGAACCCGCUGCUGCCGUGUGACCACCUGACGCCCCUUGACCUCAGCCCGUGGAAGGAGCACUACCGCGGCGACGAGGUGGAGUGUGAGUACCUGGGCCGCGCCUACGCCCCCGGCAGGAACGUCCACGUCUCGCACUGCCUCGUCUGCGUGUGCCAAGCCAAGGGACUGAUGCGGUGUCAACCCAACCCGUCUGGCUGCCAACAACCCGACCAAGACGAACACUGCCGACUCAUCUGCUGAGGCUCCGACGAAAGGGAGGAUACGGAGGGCCAGACGAGACCCGACGGAGUGGCCGAAGGAGGGAACGAAGUUGUAAUUUAAGGAGAAAGUAUUAGGCAUAUUUAAGAAGGGGAAAUCAUGGGCAUGUGAGAAAAAUAAAGAAUCAGGGUAGAUUGAAAGGAAAUUAAGGGCUUAUACAAGAAGGAAGAUUGGAGACUAUAGUUACAAAAUUGUAUGACCUUAUUCUCUCUUGUGUGGGUUGUUAAAAUUGCUGACAGACUUGAAUAAAAACUGUUCAUGAUGUCUUGUUAAAGGAUGGAAAGCAAUAAACUAAUCUCUUAAUUGCUUUACCCCAAAAUUAUGCCCUCGAGAGUUGUAAGUAAACCACGUCGGGGUUGUAAAUAGAGUAUGAAUUGUAAAUAAACUUAGGCUCAAUUUGUGACUCUUAGGAUUGUUGAAAGUAUGAUGUAGGUGCCCUGAGUAUUGUUGAAACUAGUUAUAAGUUGUUGAAAUAAAAACCUUUCUUGUAU